AUGAGUGAUUAUUUUCCUGCGCCGAAGCCAUUUUCCUUAGAUGGGAACAUUUCAGAAAGUUGGAAGCGCUGGCUACAACAAUAUGAGCUAUACAUGUGUGCCACUGAGAAGGAUAAGAAAUCUGAGAAACUACAAUGUGCCACUCUAUUAUCGCUGGCAGGAGAGCAAGUUAUAGAGCUGGUAGGUACAUUUAACUUCGGAGAGGAGGAAAAGGAUAAGAUAGAACCUUUGAAACAGAAACUUUCUGAAUACUGCAUUCCGAAAAAGAAUGAAACAUAUGAGAGACAUGUGUUUAAUAGCAGGGUACAGAAAUCCGGAGAAACAUUUGAUCAAUUUCUAACAGAGCUCAAAGUUCUUUCAAAAGAUUGUGGUUUCGGGAAUCUGAAGGAAGGUCUGAUUCGAGAUAGAAUUAUAGAAGGGAUCGGCAAAGAUCAAACCCGGGCACGCCUGUUAAGGGAACGCGAGCUGAAUCUGGAUAAAUGCAUUGAUUUAUGUAGAGCCGCGGAAAGAACUGACGUACAAAUGAAAGGUAUCGUGUCAGAAAACACUACUGAAAAGAAAUCCGUAGAUUUGAUAAAGAAACAGUCUCAAAAGAAUCCCAACCAGAGUUCAUACAAAGGAAAAGGCCCACGAGUCCCGAAACAUAAUACAUCUCGAUGUCAGAAAUGUGGAAUGGAUCAUAAAGGAAGUCCAUGUCCAGCUAAGGAAAAAACUUGUUAUAAAUGUGGUAAAACAGGACAUUACCAGAAACUGUGUAGGACAAGAACCAAUUUUAACAACAACAAUUUGAAAACGAAACCAAAACACCAACAGAAAGUACACUCAGUCGAGACAGAUCAACAAUUCUUUGUAGAUGCAGUACAUGACAGCAACAAAACUGAUGAUUCAUGGAUAGUUAACAUUGAUGUCAAUGGAUGUGCUAUACCGAUGAAGCUCGACACAGGCUCAGAUGUCAACAUUAUGGGUAUUGCAGAUUUUAAUAGGAUCAACAAGCAAUGUCAUAAAAUUAGACUUCACCAGUCAACAGUUAAAUUGACAGCCUACAAUGGAGGAUCUGUCCCAACCAAGGGACAAUGUGUACUGGACAUAAAAUACAAAGGUUUUACAAAGAAAGCGCUGUUUGUCAUUGCUAGCAGUGUUGUUAAACCUAUCCUAGGUAGAAAGCAGUGUGACAGUAUGGGACUUGUCAAACGGGUACUGAUGGUGGAAAAGGAGGACAGUGUAAAAUCACCAGAUAUUUUCACAGAGUACAAAGAUUUAUUUGAAGGGCUAGGAUGUCUUGCCGACAAAGUAAAGAUUAAGUUAAAACCUGAUGCAGAACCAGUAGUGGAACCCUGCAGAAAGGUACCAUUUGCACUCCACGACCAGUUGAAACAGGAGUUAGACAGGAUGGAGGAACUACAGGUUAUAAAACCUAUUGAGGAGCCAACUGAAUUUGUAAAUUCCAUGGUAAUUGUACAUAAAAGCAAUGGAAAGUUGCGUGUUUGCCUGGACCCCAGAAACUUGAAUAGGGCUAUAUGUAGAGAACAUUUCAAGUUACCCACUCGUGAAGAAAUUAUGGCGAAGUUUGCUGGUGCAACAGUCUUUUCAAAGCUUGAUGCAUCAAGCGGAUUUUGGCAACUACAACUGGAGGAAAAAAGUUCCAAAUUAUGUGCCUUUAAUACUCCAUAUGGUCGAUAUCGGUUUCUUCGUUUACCAUUCGGAAUCUCCAGUGCACCAGAGAUCUUCCAUAGAACUAUACACCUUUUGUAUGAGAACAUGAGGGGCGUGGAUACAUCCAUGGACGAUAUCAUAGUAUGGGGAGUUGAUCAGGCAGACCAUGACAGAAACUUGCGAAACGUGUUAGAUAAAACGCGAGAAGCUGGGUUAAAACUACAGCGUGAGAAAUGUGAAAUUUCUGUGCCCGAGCUAACAUUUCUUGGAGAUAGAGUUACAAAGAACGGUGUUAAGCCUGACCUCGAAAAGGUCAAAGCUAUUCAAGACAUGGAAAACCCCAAGUGCAAAAACGAUAUUCAACAUUUCCUAGGGAUGAUCAACUACUUAGCGCGUUUUAUAAGAGACUUGUCAACGCAUACAGCACUCUUGAGAGGUGUGCUAGAUAAGAAAAACUGUUGGGAAUGGACAGAUGUUCAUCAGAAAUCGUUUGAGAAUUUGAAAGAAAUUGUCUCAAACAGUCCAGUACUUCAGUACUACGACCCCACAAAGUUGAUCAGGAUUUCUGCAGACGCAAGUCAGAAAGGACUUCUACAAAAGCACAACACCGAGUGGCUCCCUGUUGCGUAUGCAUCACGGGCAUUGACGGACACAGAAUCACGAUAUGCAUCGAUCGAGCGGGAAGCAUUGGCGGUUGUCUAUGCAUGUGAAAGGUUCCACCAGUAUGUGUACUGA